AUGGAGUACUCUCCCAUCGACCCAAAGACUUACGGGGUGACUAUAGUCUCUCCACAACCUCCUUCUGCACACCAUCGUGGUGAGCAGGGAAGUAAAACACCAUCACAACACAGGCAGAAGCAAGCCAAGCCGGCCAACAACCAAACAGGCUCUUCUACUACUUCCGACCUUCUGAAUCCAACAGAUCCCGAAAUCGAGCGCAGCAGAGACAUCCCAAACAACAGCACCCGAGAUGCGAGAUUAUCACCCCAAAUAAUGGCGCCGAAUCCUGCACCAGCAGCGCAAUCCCCAAUCAGACCAUCCGCGUCACAGCCCAAAAGAGCCAGGAAGACGACAGCUUCAAACGCCGAGGCCCAGACAAAGCGUCGAAGACAAAAUAUUGCCCGUUUUAUGGGGCGAGAGGAUGACUCUAUCGGCACUGAUGAGGAACGCGAGUAUUGGAAUGGAGUUUGGCAGUGCAUAGAUGCAGAAGAAGCACGUCGGAGGGCACUUUCACCAGAGGAAAGACGGCGAGAAGAUAUCAGAAAAGAGGCUCAAGUAUUCAGGAACUACCUAAGGCCACGAUUCGAACCUUAUUCACGCAAUGUGGAAAUUUUGUCGCACUAUCCUAUCUUCAUGCUCCAGGAGGCACCGCCCUCUAACAAUGGAGCGAAGUGUCAACUUGGCAGUUGCACGGAUAGAAUCCUUCCCGGUGAAUACAGAAUUGCCGUGACCCCAGGAAACCAUAAUUAUUACAGAAAUCCAGAUUAUUAUCAUGUCAAAUGCCUCGAAGAGCUUCUUGACCUGUCAUCACCUCACUACCUAGCGCGGUUCGAAUAUGAUAGAACCAGGUAUAUCCCCGACCACGGGGCACAGUGUAUUCUAGAGGAGUAUAUUCAGAGGUGGAAGGUCCGAAUCGGCCUUCUUGGUAAUCAUAUGCGGUCUGCUUCCGAUCCAGUAUCCAACCCACCCGACUCGAAGGGCGGUGACACUUCGACCAUCAUCCGGGAGGAUAAAACCAUUACAAAGCGGUCCGACGACAGUGGUCAAGAGACUGAUAUAGCUGGGCUAACAGCGACAACCCACCAAACUGAAAUGGUCGAAGGAGACGAGUGGCGCAAAGCAGACGAUAUUUGGGAGAAGAGAAGAGAACAAACAACACGGCGUUUACAAGUGGAGCGCUCUCUUUCAAAAGAUGACAAUCCUGCUGUUGAAUGGAACAUCACAAGCUAUUUGCCCCUAGAGGAAGACCCGGAGUACAACGAACGCCACACACUCAGCGAAGCACUUGCUGAAUGGAGUAUAGACCGUCGGCUCGCGACGGAAGAUAUUGAUAGACUAAACGAGAAAGGCCUCAGAGCUCGCGAAGAGUUAGGGGAAGAGAGAGUCAAGAAGAUCAAAAGAUAUGCUGUUGUGCAUAUGCCAACCUGUCAUGGCUUAUUUCUCUCGUGA